UCGGCGGGAAAGCAAUUGUGAAGAGCUGUAUGUGAGCAAAACGUUGAGAAUGCGGCGAGAUCUCUUCUUGUUUAUUGUAACUUUUUGGUUAAUUUCUUGUACACCAUUGACCGCCAAUGGUGCACCAGAGAACAAUGUGAGGCACAUGCCCAUCCUUUUGGGUAUCCUUGGUGAAAGUUUUGCCACAAAUAUCAGUACGGAAUGUCGCCAAGAUGCCCAAAUAGCGCACAAAAGUUUAAUUAAACGAGAAAUUUGGGCACUUAAGAUGUUGGACUCAAGUGGGGACAUUGAGACAAAUUUUAUUUGGCAAAACAACUACUGGUUGGGAUCUCGGGAAUUUUGUGAUGAAAUAAACAACCCUGUGCCAGUUUACAUUGAAAAACGUACAAAAGAAAGUCUCAAACUUGCUAAUGAUCUUCCCCCAUUUCCCUUUGAGUAUCGCCUCCUGUACGGCGAUAUAACGUCUCAGCAUCAAAUUCAAUAUGAAAGAAUCAUUUCAACGGUCCUCCAUUUGGGUUUGUGUCUACCAAAAUCCUGCUCAAAUGAUGAUGUUCUCACUAUGACGCAAAACUACUUCAAUGAACACAAAGUUAGUCCAUUUUUCGACAUUAAUGUGCAAUUUAAUCACGUGAAGAAUUUAAAAUUCAACUGGGACGUCUUCAAUGAUUGGAUUUUUAAGGUUACUGGAGUAAUUAUUCUUGGACUUAUUGCCCUUCAUGUUCUCGGCGCAAGAAAAAAUAUCGGAAAUUGCCCGAAAAUUCUUCACUACUGUCGUCAUUUCUCCAUAAAGGACAACUACAGAGGACUUGUAUCAUCCACAGAGGAUCCCAAAAUAGUUUACUCCCUAAACUUCUUCCGUGUUCUCUGUAGCACGUGGGUUACACUAAACCACGUCUACCUCUUCAGUUACAUUAUUGUCGAGUCAAUACCACUAAAUGGAAUGAGAACAAAAACAUUCUACAUAAGAUCAAUUUAUCGUUCAGCUCUAAUGCUAGAUGUUUUCUUCCUAAUGUCUGGAUUUGUUUUGAUCUACAAUUUCCUAAAGAAUCACGACCUUUGCGAGAAGAUUCGAAGGAAUUCUUUGAGGGAAAAUGCAAAGUUAUUCUGUAAACACAUCCUCAAUCGCUACUUACGCUUCAUGCCCACCCUCAUAGCGACACUCAUUCUAUCCAGGAUUACGCAUCUUAUCUUUGACUCCAUCUUCUAUCGAGACAUGGAUCAUAAUUAUUCGUUUAGGUGUAAAUGGUGGAUGUGGAAUAUUUUUUUCAUACAGAAUUUUCUGCGAUUCUCCGAAAUGGCUGCAGUGUGGACAUGGUCGUUAGCUUCUGAUUUACAAUGCUUUAUUAUUUUUCAAUUACUCCUCUUUGUCUUUAUCAAAUAUCCAAAACAAACAAAGUAUUUAUUUGUUGUUUUGGUCUCAGCUUGUACGUACAUUUCCUACAAAAGUGUUUAUGAUACAAUCUAUGCUGAAUAUUUUGAAUUUUCAUUUCUAGCCAUGAUCUAUAUUGUGGAUGGAUUCUAUAUGAAAGCUUAUUACAGAAUGCUACCGUAUGCAUGUGGAAUUCUCACGGGAUACAUUUGCUAUCAAACAAUUGGAAAGGAAGUUGUGAUAUCGAGCAAAAUUCGAAAACUCUUUUGGACAACAACUUUCAUAGCUUUCGGAAUAAUUGUCUUUUACAGCGAAAGCUACAUUCCCAAUUUCACAUUUCCAUUCCUUUUCACCUUUGGACGGAUGGGCUAUACCCUAUUGGCAGGAGUUUUAAUCCUUUUUGGCCAAUGGGGCUAUUGCAAUUGGGUUAAUCAAAUUGGAAAGAUGCCGUUCGUUGUAAAAAUAUCCAAACUCUCCUUUUCGCAGUAUAUGCUUCAUCCAAUUGUUAUCUACAUCAUUUUAGGAUCACACAAUGAUGUUAUCUUCGCUUCCUACAUUUUAGUGAUUUCCUUCUGCAUCGCUACAACUAUCUUUACAUAUUACAUCUCUGUGAUUUUUUAUGUUUUAAUUGAAUCACCAUUUAAUCGUUUAUUCGAUGAUAUUAUGCAAAUGAAGGGAAAGAAAAAGAAAACAAACGAUUAGUCUAUUAUUAUCACGUUAAUAGCAAAGCUUUACAUGAAUUGUUCAAUUAAUAAACGUCAAUAAAUGAGCUUUUUAUUGAAU